AUGGCUACAAUUGACUUUAAAUCGUAUGAUGAUGCUGACGACAUCACUGCUGAACCUGUAAGAAACGUCAAUGUGCUGAUCGUUGGUUUAACGGGAUCUGGUAAAAGCUCCAUUAUCAAAAGUGUGUGCUCAUCAGAACAUAGAGAUAAUGUGCUGACAAAAAUGUCAAUCAAAUCGGUUACACGAAAUAUUCAGUUUUACGAAGGUAACGAAAUAAAAAAUCCAAAGGAGCCAAGAGACCGAUAUGUGGUGAAUCUAUUCGAUACAGUCGGUUUAGGUGAUAAUAACAUUAGUGUCGGAAGUAUAUUGAAAGAAAUCGUUGAGUGUAUGCCGCGAAAUAUGGCUCAAAUUCAUAAAGUUGUGUUUUGCUUCAAAAUGGAUCGUUUGCGAAUGAAGAUGAGUGAGGAUCUUAAUAUCCUCUACAACUUCUUUCGAUUGAUGGGUGCUAAACCGGAAAACUUUGCUAUUUGUUUAACAUUUUGUGAUUUUCUGAACCAUGAGUCUAUCGGAUCGUUUUGGAGUGAGCUUCAGAGCAAAAGUGAUUUAGAAAUGGUCAAAGAAGUGUCAACAGUUAUAUUCACUACAUUUCCCAAUCUCGACGAAUGCGACAUUGAUAACCGGUUAGUUGAGUACAUACAAGAUAAAAUGCGUGCAAGCCGACGUCGAAUUUUUGAGCAUGUCAUCGCAAAAACGGUCAAACCAUUUUAUCCUUAUGAUCAUAUCCUUAAAAUGCCCGAAGUUGAUUUCAAUAGCUUAUGUAGCUUACUUGGAACGUAUCGUACGUCAAGACAUUGGUGGUGGACUGUGUUUCAAAAUACAGAUCAAAAUCAAAUCAUUGAGCAACUGAAGAAGCUGCGCCAGUCCCCUAAAAUUGAAAGCAAAAACGACGAAGUCGAGAAAAAAUAA